AUGAAUGGCUUAGGAAGCAACACUGCGCCCGCCAAUUUGACUGUGUUGAUUUAUCCCACUGGAAGCAAGCAGCCGAUAACUCGCGCUAUACCGGCCCCCCCAGGUGGACUCUGCGAGAACCUAGAUUUACGUCGGUGGUUCCCAAACGGCUCGUUGAGUAUCCGUCUCAGCGAAAUGCCUGGGAUUAACCUCCCAUUCCUUUGCGAUUAUCGACUCUACCUCGACAAUCACCGGCUUCCAGUUCCACCCAACAGAGCCGUUCUAUCGUGUUUCGGUAUACCUUGGUCAGGGAAUAUCGUCCUUGCUCGGUAUCAAGGCCACUGCGUGCAGUACGACAGAGACCAGUUCGGUCAUAUCACGCCUGGAGACCUCAAUACUUUGAUGGUAGCAAUGGAAUUGUGGCUUCGUCAGUUACUCACUCAAGGCCUCUAUAAUGAAGCGAUGGUCAAGGUUUUCCCAGGCGACAAAGCAAUCAAAUUAUUCGAAUGA